AUGUCUAUGACUCAUUUUCCAGGCGAAUCCGGACUAAACCCCAUAAUCUUCCUAACCUUCGACGAGUCAGUUCAAUUUGGCUGCGACACUCUUUGUGGCACUCCUUCGCUGACCAAACUUGCUUGCGGACGGAAUCCCACCGAUCUGGAUUCAACGGCUCCAAGAUGUUUUCCGAGUAAGUCCAUGUCUUUCACGGCUCUUAUUUACCAAGAAAAAUGUUAAAGUUCUGCAUGCGCGCCCUGAACUAGCCGUAUGUAAAAUUCUAAAAUUUCGAACUAGCGAUGUCCAGUAGCAGCCAAGGUGUUAAACGAUCUUGUUUUUGAGAGAGCACACGAAAUGCGGAGAGGCGGACAGACGAGAAAACGGGUUUUGGCUCUAACCGUUUUGUUUACGUUUUCGCCCUAAAAAUCUUGUUUUUUUUAUAUCUUGCGCAAUAAUAUUAUAAUAUCUGCAAAGCGCAAACCACGAAUUUUAUAAAUAGAAAGUAAGUCGCAAAAUGGGCGAUUCCAAAGCGAAGCAAUUCUGAGGCGCGACAAAUCCACAUUGUUUUCCCGACGGACUGAUACGUACAUAAGAUGAGUAAUAACACCAGCAAUACGUUUUUUAAUAAUUAUUUUCAGUUGAGCAAUGGUGUCUCGAAGGCUUUGAGGUUGAAUUGGCCAAUUUUGGGGAGAAAUUGCCUAACCAGCGAAUCGAUGCUACGACAGAAUUCAAAGGGCUGGUUAUGAUGAGUGCCAAGGACUUGGAAAUGGGCUCAACUGACUUUGCAGUGGAGUCGACGUUAGAGACAGCUCCAAUUCCUGAAUUUACAAUGCCAUCAACAGCGGCGACCGAGCCGACAACAACUACUACGACUGCUACAACAAUAACACCGCCUCCGACUACGACCACUACAACGAGGAGACCUACAACAACAACAACAUCAACCACAACGACUACAACAACAACGACUCCUACGACAACAACUACAACUACAACAAGAAGACCUACUACAACGACAACCACCCCUGCCACAACAACUACAACAAGAAGGCCUACUACAACAACACGUACAACAACAACCACAACGACGCCUCCAACAACGACAAAGAGCAUCUUUGCCACAGCCGAGCCUGCACAAAAAGUCUUUGCCAACGCUUUCAGGGAAAGGGUAGGUUUUUUGGUGGUAUAAGUUAACUAGGAAAUUACGCCAAGUGCGGCAAUCAUAUACAGGGUGGGCCACUCGAAACGGGUAAGUUUUUUCUUUGGAUUUCUCCGCGGAGACUCCGCCGAUUUUCCCGAAAUUUAGAUUUUUCUGUAGCUGAGACCCGCCAUUUUUAACCGGUUGAAUUUGAAAAAAAUAUAUUUUGAAUUGACCUUUCUAUGCCUUCCCAAAGUUUCGAAGAAUUAUUUUCGGGCCGAAACCGCUAAAACUUGAAAAAUUUUUGGAAUGAUUUCGAAAACUUGGUCAUUUUUUCGAGUUUUUGGGUGAAAUUUUCUAAGUUUUACCUCAGAUAACCAUAAAAUAUUGUCGUAAAAACAAUUUUAUUUAACGACCUGAUUAUUAAUAUUUCUAUCUGAGUUCGAAAUGCCCAUUUCCACUCGCAGAACAAACUUGUAGGAGCUUUGAGAGUCAUGAGAGUCGUGAACAGCUCGAAUUGCAGAUCGUGAACAUCAUCUAUCUUUAAUCGGGCUGGGCUCCAAGCUUCAAUGACUUGGAGCUGGGGCUCGUUGCCAAUUGUGUGGAGUUUUGCAAUCUUUUUGAAAUCUUUUUUUUUGAAUGUUCGUGCCCUAAUGGUAAUACAAACAACCCUCUUGUGGCUUUCAACUUGCUUUUAAACAAGUUUAUGGCGAGCACUAGCAACUUUUUACUCCGCGAUUUCCCCCAAAAAAAGCCAAAAAUUUUCCAAGUCCGAGAAAGUCAAUUGAAAAUCAUUCCAAAAAUUUUCAAAGUUUUAGCGGUUUCGGCUCGAAAAUAAUUCUUCAAAACUUUGGGAAGGCAUAGAAAGGUCAAUUCAAAAUAUAUUUUUUUCAAAUUCAACCGGUUAAAAAUGGCGGGCCUCAGCUACACAAAAAUCUAAAUUUCGGGAAAAUCGGCGGAGUCUCCGCGGAGAAAUCCAAAGAAAAAACUUACCCGUUUCGAGUGGCCCACCCUGUAUAUUUGAUGAAACAAAUUUAGAAUACUUAUUUCUAAGACAUAUAAAGGUGGUCAUAUAAGAUCUCCGAAUUUUUUUUCCCCAAAUCGCGAUUUUCGGUGCACAAAAAAGUCGACGCCCAAAUCGAAAAAUUGGCGUCAACUUAAUUUUUUCAGCACCGAAUUCCGAAAUGCGGUGCUGACUUAAGGACUUAAGUCUUCGGUGCAGACUUAAGACUUUGUGCACUGAUUUCGAAAAACUUAGAAAAAUUUACCGAAUUUCAGAAUUCGGUGCCGAGAAAAAAAUAAGUCGACGCCAAUUCUUCGAUUUGGGCGUCGACUUUUUUUGUACACCGAAAAUCGCGAUUUGGGGAAAAAAAAUUCCGAGAUCUUAUAUGACCACCUUUAUAUGCGAGACUCCUGGCUCGAGCGUUUCAGAAAAAGCCCAGAUUUUUAGAGCGAAAACUGACAAAAAUGUGGCACUUUCUGGCGGAUUUUGUAAUAGAAAGUUUUGUGGCUAUUUCUAUCAUAGAUGUAAUGUUUCCACAAAAAAAAAACAAAUUUUUUCCGCAUUAAACUGGCAAAAUUUUGGCCAAAAAGUGUUUUUCUCUCUUACCGCUCUCCUUUUCACGUACUCUCUCGGCCACAGAGACCGUUGAAUAUCUCGGCUGUCCCCGGAAAGCGCAAGAUUUUACAAACCUUUCAGUUUCAGUAAUUGAUUUCUGAUGCAUUAUUUUAGCCCUCGAUAUGAGACUCUUGGGAGCCUCUAAAAUUGCUCAUUAUUAUAGGUUUUACUGAACAUUUAUAUUCCUUUACAUUUUCAGCUUCUAAGCUCCAAGUCCACCGACUGUUUCGAUGGUGA